GGUCCGUGUUAAUAAAGCACUUAAAGCUUUAAGUAUGGCUAAAUGCUUUUUUCAAAAUUAAAUAUAUCACUCCUUAGGUGGUAGUGGCCCCAAGUUCAGUAAAGUUGGAAAGAUAUUCACAGAUUCGGACUUCCAGCAUCAAUAACUCAUUAGAUAUAGGUUGUCAAAACAUAAACGGUGCCUCUUUCCCAUUGUUGCAAGGCAGACAAUGUGCUACAAGCCCAGUUUUAUCAAAAGUAGCUGUCUUUCAAGCUACAGGAAUAACAUUGGUGUCUAUGGAGUGAACAGGGUCCGUCUGCAAUUUGCAAAACCGCUGCAACAGUAAAGAGACAAAUAUUCAAUAACUUCACUCUUAUACAUUGUAGUGUCACUAAAAUCACUGCAGCCUUCAACUGGCUCCUGUUGUCAAAGUGUUUUAACAGAAAUGUAAAUGCUGUAAUUUGAUUCUUUUAAUGAACCAUGUAACUUGAAUGGAUGUGAUGCUGGUGUGACCACAGUGCACACGUCUGAUGUUGCUCACAGUGGUCCAAGGGACGCUCAGGGAGUUUGUGUGUUUGCUCACACUCAGGAAAAAUUAGGUAACAUUCUGUAUGAUUUUCUCGUAUGAAUUGUGCCUCAUUUCUUCAGCGUACCUUUGUGUGUGCUGACAGGCAUAUCCAUAAUUGCCAAACACUCAUACAUCGCAAAUUGGACAAACUGGUAGCUGACAGGUUUCUAUGUGUGACCGGCUGAUUAGCCAUCAUGCAAUACAGCUGUGGGGGAACUAAUGAUUGAUUUGGCCAUUGCAGCAGGGGGUUCAAAUUGAUUGACGGACAGGUCCAGCAUACUCCUGAAUACUCUUGGACAGGUAUGCGCUGUGCAGCACGCGAAACACUGGUAAGCUUUAGAUUUUGUAUUAAUAUUGUUUCUUCUUUUAAGACCAGUGUUCUGUGGCUGCAGUGCAGAGUCUGUUGACGGUGUCCCGCUUAUCGGCGGCGUCAUGCGCGUGUAGGGUCGGACAGCCGAGGUAACCAAAAUGUUUGUUUAUGCUUAUUGUUAUGGUUGUGUUGCUUGAUUGUGGUUAAACAUUUCUUUGUUUCAUUACAGUUUUGCCUUUGUUGCCUUGUCUUUCCGCGUGUUUAUGUCGUUUGUUUUUUGUUUUUUUUAGUUUGUAGUCGUUUUGCCUAGUUCUCUUUCAGUUUGCUUGGUUCGAGUUUUAGUUUCAUUUUCUCCCCGUAUGUGUUGUUUAUCCUCAGGUUGUCGUGGCUGGUUCUCUGGCUCAGUAGUCAGGUUUCUUCCCUCCAUGGCUGCAUAGGGCCUGUGUGACUUCCAGUUUUAGUAACUGCAUUUAUAUUACCAUUAGUGUGUGUUGUGUGCUGAACAUAUUUUUGUACCAGAAUAAAAAAUUGUAUUUGUUUCUCUGUACGCGCCUCUGUAUUCAUUUGUUCACGUACCUGUGUUUAGUAGGGGAAACCCUCUGUUGAGAGGCAGGAUUGUGAACAUUCUUAGGGUGAAAUUCCCUAGGUGGCAUUUUCGGUUCCGUGUUGAAGAAACUAGAAGACCCUCACCAGUCCUAACUUGGUUACAUAUGGAUGUGAGGAAGAUACAUCAGAUUAUCAAUCAAACAAAUAGUGCAAUCACCAGCAGUCUUUAGAAGCUGCUACCAUCUAGUGGACAUUUAAUUUAACCCUGGAAAUCUGUGAUGGUGAACUCCACAUACUCACUGUGGAUUUGGUGAUCUGACGGUGGUUUAAUUGAACGCACAUUCUACACACACAUUUGGAAAUAUAUUUAAUAUGAAUUGGCCCUUCUGUUGCACACAUAUACAUACACAUUUGUGUUUGUUGAAGUUUUAAACUACAGAGCUAUUUGGAAGAAAAUUUGUCUCAUACAACAAUUAAAAGUUGCUGCCAUUGCCUUGGUGAGAUGUUAUUUACUUUAAUUCUUCCUUAAUACAACGCCAGUCUCAAAUGAAGCCUAUUUUAGGCCCUGCCCCUACUUCCUCUGCUGCCCUGGUGGGUGGCGUGAGAGAUUAAACAAUAAUGCUAGUGAAUAAAAGAGGGUGACAAAGCAAGAAAUGUAAUGACUGGGUUCACUCAAGUAAAGUCAUGUGGCCGUUUUUCCACACCAGCUUGCAUUUGCUAAUGUUGUUGUAUUCCUGCUUUUCUUCUACUACAUCGUCCUCCUGUCGGUUACAGGGGCGGUUUGAUUUGAAUGGGAUGCACAAGGCUGGAGAUGUAGUUCUUGGUGGACUGUUUGAAAUCCACUUUUUCUCUGCCUUUCCUGACCAGUCCUUUACCUCAGAGCCACAACAGCCUACCUGCCAUGGGUGAGUCUGUUGAGGAAACAGCAAAGACUAGAAACUGGAAAGUUAGCGCCAAUUCAAAUACUAGAAUGUAUAUUUGAUAAUGACACUUUUGUCAUUUAUGCAAUUUUCAGCAUUUAUGCUCAGUCGUCUUGAUUUUUUUCUGUUGGAUUUGACCUUGAUUGUUGCUGUUCAGCUGGUUCUAUGCUUUACACAAUUUUAAUUUUGCAAUUUCUGACUAUUUGCAUGUGUCAUGUUGUAUUUUUUGCAUUAGUUUUGAUGUUAUAGGGUUUAGGCAGGCCCAGACCAUGGCCUUUGCUAUUGAGGAGAUCAACAGAAACACCAACCUGCUACAUAAUGUGACUCUGGGAUACAGUCUGUAUGAUAACUGUAACAAACUUGGAGUUGGAUUUCGAGGAGCAUUAACAUUAGCCAGUGGUCAAGAAGAGCAAAUUAUUUUAGAUGAGACGUGUGCAGGAAGCCCUCCAGUACUAGGAAUUGUGGGUGAUUCUUCCUCUACACGUUCUAUUGCCAUCUCUGCUGUCUUAGGUUUGUACAGAGUACCUAUGGUGAGCUAUUUUUCCACAUGUUCCUGCCUGAGCAACCGGCAAAAGUUUCCGUCCUUCUUUAGGACAAUCCCAAGUGAUGCUUUUCAGGUUCGUGCUAUGAUUCAGAUUCUAAACCACUUUGGCUGGACUUGGGCAGGUCUGCUGGUCAGUGGUGAUGAUUAUGGACUCCAUGCUGCCCGAUCCUUCCAAUCUGACCUGAGUCUGUCUGGUGAAGGGUGUCUGGCUUAUUUAGAAGUUUUGCCUUGGGGCAAUGACCCAGCUGAACUGAGGAGGAUUGUGGAUGUGAUGAAGAAAUCCACAGCUCAUGUAGUCAUUGUGUUUGCACAUGAAGGUCACAUGAUUAAUCUCAUGAAGGAGGUGGUGAGGCAGAAUGUAACAGGCCUGCAGUGGAUGGCCAGUGAAGCCUGGACAGCAGCUCCUGUGCUCCAGACCCCUCAGCUCAUGCCGUACUUGGGUGGCACAUUGGGCAUCGCCAUCCGUCGAGGAGAGAUCCCAGGACUCAGGAAGUUCCUGUUACAAAUACAUCCCAAUCUGCACAACCACAGCAACAGCUAUGGGAACAACAUGGUUAACCAGUUUUGGGAACACACAUUUCAGUGCAGAUUCCCUCCACCUCCAGCAGGUUGGGUGGAAAGUGGGGGAGCAAUAUGCACUGGAGAAGAAGAUCUGGAGAGUGAGGGGACAGAGUUCUUGGAUCUUUCCAACCUCAGGGCUGAGUACAAUGUGUACAAGGCUGUGUAUGCUCUGGCAUACGCCCUUGAUGACAUGCUGCAGUGCACACCAGGGAGAGGGCCUUUCAGUGGAAACAGCUGUACCACUUUACAAACAAUGGAGCCCUGGCAGCUUGUUUAUUAUUUGGAAAUGGUCAACUUCACCACAUCAUUCGGUGAUCAAGUCUCAUUUGAUGAGAAUGGUGAUGCCCUGCCAAUAUAUGACAUCAUGAACUGGUUGUGGCUCCCUGAUGGACGAACUAAAGUUCAGAAUGUGGGUGAGGUCAAGAGGUCAGCCUCCAAAGGAGAAGAACUCACACUUUUUGAAGACAAAAUCUUCUGGAGCUUUCAGUCCAAAAAGCCACCUCGAUCAGUGUGCAGUGAGAGUUGUCCUCCAGGUACACGAAUGGUGAGAAUGAAGGGGAAACCUGAAUGCUGUUUUGACUGCAUCCCUUGUUCUGAGGGAAAGAUCAGCAACAAUACAAACUCCAUGGAGUGCACCAGUUGUCCAGAGGACUUCUGGUCCAGCCCCCAGCGUGACCACUGUGUUCCUAAGAAGACAGAGUUCCUGUCCUACCAUGAGCCUCUGGGUAUCUGCCUGACAGCCACCUCAUUGCUGGGCACAUUGAUCUGUGCUGCUGUUUUGGGAAUCUUCAUCUAUUAUCGCAAAACACCUAUAGUACGUGCCAACAACUCAGAACUGAGUUUCCAGCUAUUGCUGUCACUUAAACUAUGCUUCCUGUGUUCGCUGCUGUUCAUUGGACGACCCAGACUGUGGACAUGUCAAAUGAGACAUGCAGCGUUUGGGAUCAGCUUUGUGCUUUGUGUGUCGUGCAUCCUGGUGAAAACCAUGGUGGUUCUGGCUGUUUUCAAGGCCUCCAAGCCAGGAGGUGGUGCUAGUCUCAAGUGGUUUGGUGCUGUGCAGCAGAGAGGAACAGUUUUGCUUCUUACCUGCAUUCAGGCAGCCAUCUGUGUUGUGUGGAUUGUCUCGGCAUCGCCACUGCCUCACAAAAACAGUCAGUAUCACAGUGACAAGAUAGUUUAUGAGUGUGUAGUUGGUUCCACUGUGGGUUUUGCUGUGUUAUUGGGUUAUAUUGGAUUACUGGCCAUCCUCAGCUUCCUGUUAGCAUUUCUGGCCAGGAAUCUUCCAGACAACUUCAAUGAGGCCAAACUCAUCACUUUCAGCAUGCUGAUCUUCUGUGCUGUGUGGGUGGCCUUUGUUCCUGCUUAUAUCAGCUCACCAGGAAAACAUGCAGAUGCAGUAGAGGUAUUUGCCAUCCUGGCCUCCAGUUUUGGCCUCCUGGUGGCACUGUUUGGACCCAAAUGUUACAUAAUCCUGCUGAGACCAGAGAGGAACACAAAGAAAGCAAUCAUGGGUCGAGGAGUGGUCAAGUCAUGACCCGUUUUACUGAAGUGAUUAAGUAGUGUGACCCAAUAUGUAAUUUCCAUUCAUUGACUCGGGAAAUGCCCUUUGUAUUGUUGUACGUAUAACAAUUAAGUAACAUUUUAUUGUCAGAAUUGUUUUUUCUCACUGUAAAUAAUACAGGAAGUUAAAGCGAUAAAGAAAUUGUUUUGUCAUACAGAUUCUCUUUUAUUACACAUGUGACUGAUAGGAUUCCCUAAUAUGUAACAGACUUUGAAAGGUUUUCCUGCCGUUCCUAUCUGUCAACAAUUUAAACAUGAAAUUCUAGGAGCUUCAGUAUCAAGCUACUGGACUUCUCUUUUUGGUUCUUGAAAAUGUUUCACCUCUCAUCCAAGUGGCAUCUUCAUUUCUGCCUCACUGUUGGAGAAUUUCAAAUGUUUAUAGCCAAGUCUUCAAGAACCUAAAAGGGAAGUCCAGUUGCAUUCUACGGAAGCUUCUAGGAUUACCAUGACCUGAAUGACUGAGAAUCUACACAAAGGUGAAAUUAGACCACUUUUUAUGUGAGUGUUUCUGUUAUUUAAACGGGUUCCCUGCAAAGAACUGUUUCAAUGUCAAGCUAGCUACUACACAAAUAAACUUUACUUUUUUGUUUUCAACUGA